AUGCCGUCGAAUGAUCCGCAACGACAUCAGAAUGGCGAGACGCGGGCCCAUAUUGCGCCUCCUGUGAAUCUGUGGGACGGACAAAAGCGAACAGUAACAGAAUGGAGCGGUCUGCACAGGGAAUCUGAACUAUGGGCUUCGAACGGCAGUUGUCUCAUUUACCUCUAUGGCAAGGGACAGUGUAAUGCAGGCGCAUCGUUUCGCGUGGAUCUUGCUGCCUUGAUUGCAACAGGGUGCCAUGCUUUUAUCGAGAAAUACAUGGACAAGCAAGGACAUGAUUUCGACCUUCCAAAGACGGAUGCUGACUGGAAUCGAGUUCGCCCCAAUCGAAAUGUGCAGCUAUACAUACAAGCUGUCCCAGGCAGCACACGCUCAGAAAUCGCUCGACAGCAUCUUUCGAUUCGCAACUUGCUGGCCUGGAUGAGAGGACUUCCGCUAGUUGGAACUCACCUGGGUGGAGAAAUUGUGACUCUGUUUCAAAACAUGGUCACCUAUCGGCCGCUUGAUGCGGACUCUACUGCAGACCUGUUAGUGUAUCUCGAGACUGCCGGCUACCUAGACAUGGUGGCACAACCGGAUCACGCGCUUGCCAUUUUACACAUUGCCGAAUACCUCCGCCACCAAGACCUCUAUACCCGAGCAUUUGUCCACUGCGUGGGUAUGGGGGAGCAGCUGUAUCGAAGCACUGAAUACACGAAAAUAAGUCUUAUCUCGAGAAAACUUAUCAGAAACGCGCGACGAACAUCAAAGACGAAGCUUAACAAUGCAACUAAGGACCUAGCCUCAUUUCUUGACGAGGAACUCUCGGAAAGCCAGAUCGGCCUACCUCUUGGCGUGCGUGCCCACCUCGAGAGAUUCCGCAGCGCUUUGUUGGCUUUCUACACGAUCAAAUUCGGCUAUUUCCCACCGAGAGAGUUUGACGCAAAAGUUAUCAAGGCGAUGACAGAGGAUUUCGAAGCCUUGUACGAUCUUCUCGUAGACGAUGGAGUAGAAACGUGCGGGAUGUUUGGCGGUAGCAGUGGUGGUGGCUUGUGCACUUUACAGAUCAUUCGAAGUUUCGACAACCGAAAUUCGUUCGAGUGCCGCCAGCAUCCCCUGCCUCUCCUCCCCAAUGUACCCGACGUGCGCAAGACGCGCCGUAUGUCCUGGCUUGGUCGAAAAGAAAAAGGAAAACCAGCCGACCGGCUGGUUGCUCACACGGCGCUGAUAAAAGCCUCCAACUGGCGCGAAUCAUCCUUCAGGAAUGAUCUUGUGCGAAUGUAUCGUGAAUUCGAAGGCAAGUCAUUGGAGUCGCCAGCCAACAAGGGGGACACGCCAGAUGACGUGUCCAUCACGGACGCUCGUAAAGUACGCUGGAUCUUGAUAUACGCCAUGUGCCAGGUUCUGCGCAGCAUUUCACGACAGGCGCCGCAAGUGGCGGGAGAGAAAGCACCUUAUUUUCUCAGCGCGUCCGUUACUGAGCUCCCGCCAUGGAACACGGCCCUCAAUACGAAGAUGGAUUUCCCAAUUUCGAGCAGUGUGUUGCCGACAAUGCCUAUGUCUGCAGACGAGCCAUGGCAGCCCAGAUUCGCAGACGGCGUGGAAAUCAAACCAGAUAUAAACUAUCUUGCGCUGACGCACGGUCAUGAACGCCGACAGGCAGUUAAGCCGCGGCGCAGGCAAUCAAUGCCGGCGGCUCCGUGUACAAUGUCUCCAACGAGACCAUCACCACCUACGCCGGUGUCGGGCAACGUCCUCGCGCGUCGACCAACGAUUCGGAACUCCAUCAGGCAACGGCUACGACCUGUAACCGCAAGCUCUGUCGCUGCUGUCACGUCAGCCACGAGCAACAAGAGUGCCUACCGCGAAAUUGUCAUAGAAGGGUAUGGAAAUGGUACCAAUGAGGUCAAGCUAGGGCGGCGCAAUACUGUGGGAUGUGUCAAUUCUGAGGCUAUCGGAAGGCCUCUUGAAAUUCCACCCAAAGACCAACGGCCCGCUGACAUGACUCCACCAGUCGGCGAGCCCGAAUCAACUCCAACUCAGAGCUGGAGUAGCUCAAACAGGAGCAGCAACGCCAGCUCUAUUGAAACAAUGGAGUCGCGGGCGGUAUCGAGCCCGGCGUCGCCAGCCACCGUGGCCACUGUCGAGUUUGAGCAGACGGCCGUUGAGCCAAUCAUUGUCCGCAACUCCUCGCACAGGAGCCUCACCCAGCGCUACCCGAUGAAGUCGGUGCUGGACACCAUCAGCCGCACCUCGAGCAAGCGUCGCAAUUCCAUCGCCAGCAGCGGGAGCAAGGACACGCCCCCCCUGCCGCAGUCGCAGCCGCCAACAAUGUCUGGUGGUGGCCUGUCGCGCGCCCCGAGCCUGCGCAAAAGCUUGCUGCCGGAGAGCUGGACGCUGGCGGGGCGCGCACCGUUUGAGCAGGACAUUGACGAAGAGGACGAGGUUGUGGCGCUGCAAUCGGAAGCGGAUGAGUGGAGGGCGAUGCAGGCGUUUCUGUGCGGCGACGAAUCGAGCACAGAGAUGGCGCACGAGGGAGCCACCCCUGGUUGGGAGCAGUACCAUGACUUGGGCGGCUUGACGGAAGUCCGAUGA